AGUCGUACCACAGAAUACAUAAUAGUCCGUUGUACACAGUUGCAGUAAAUUCUUAAACUACCCAUAUUUAAUUAGUUAAUUUUAUAACUUGUUACAUGACACUUUUGCUGUAAUUGGGGAGAUGUCCUAGUGUAUAAAAAGAGGUGUAGUGGUCUUGACACUGUUUACAUACAACAUUGGACGUGAUGUGAAGUGCUGGAUUAGAUUAUAUGGUGUUUGAUAGGCGAUCUGUAAUUAUUUCUAAAGAGCAAGCUCAUUAGCCAAAUCAAGAUGUCAAGAGAAGUGCAUACAAUGUUUCUAUGGAUAAUUUUAAUAUUCAUACAAACAUACACGCUAAGCACAAAUGGCAGAGAAGACUUGUUCGGAACAUCGGAUACAUAUUUUGGAAAAUACAAGAGGGCUACUUUCGGCCCAUCGUCAUUUCGGCAGAACCCGUUAGUGAAUUUCAUGAUGCAAACGAUUGCACCGAACCAGUCUCCGAACCAGCCGGUGGAUUUCUUAGACAACCUGAAGGACAAAUACCCAUUGCCUAAUGGUGUGAAUGCGCCAUUCGCAGAAUAUGACUACGUAAUCAUAGGGGCCGGUUCUGCUGGGUGUGUCCUGGCGUCUCGUCUCACAGAAGACCCGAACGUGACAGUCCUACUUCUAGAAGUCGGCAAACCAGAGUUCGCAUUAACUGACGUACCAUCCAUCGCACCAUACUUCCAAAGAACCGAAUACACCUGGCCGUACUUCAUGGAACCACAACCUGGCGUAUGUUUGGGAAUGAUAAAUGGUCGUUGCUACUGGCCAAGAGGUAGAGCAGUGGGAGGCACGAGCGUCAUCAACUACAUGAUCUACACCAGAGGACGCCCGGAGGAGUGGGACCGCAUAGCAGCCGCCGGCAAUUACGGCUGGUCGUACAAUGAUGUUCUCAAGUAUUACAUGAAGUCAGAACAUUCUAACUUAAAAGGACUAGAAGAUUCUCCGUACCACAGUAGAACUGGUGAACUGGCUGUCAACUGGCUUAAUUACAAAACGCCAUUCGUCCAUGCAUUUCUGGAGGCCGGAAGAAUAUUAGGACAUCCUACAUUGGACUAUAACACUCCAGAGCAGCUUGGUUUCGGCUACCUUCAAGUAACAGCGAAACUAGGCAGAAGAGUUAGUGCUGCAAAGGCAUUCCUGCAUUUCAACCGAAACCGACCCAAUUUGCACAUAUUGCCAGAUACCAGAGCAACAAAAAUUUUAAUAGAUCCUGGGAUGAAAACUGCGUACGGAGUGGAAUAUAUUCGACAACGUAUGAGACAAACAGUUACUGCUCGGCGAGAGGUUAUAGUAUCAGCGGGUCCCAUCGCGUCGCCACAACUGCUCAUGUUAUCGGGCAUCGGCCCUCGCGAGCAUCUGAACAGUCAUGGAAUUCCAGUCAUACAAGACUUACCCGUUGGACGGACGCUAUACGAUCACAUAUCAUUCCCUGGGUUAGUAUUCACAUUGAACACAACAGGCUUAACUCUCAAUGAAAAUGCUGACGCAACGUUAGACAAUGUACUAGACUGGUUACAAUUCGGUGAUGGCCCAGUCGCUGCUGCAGGCGGUGCUGAAGGUAUCGGCUAUAUUAAAACCCCAGGGUCCGAUGAACCUGAACGAAUACCGGACAUAGAGCUAUUAAGUAUAGGAGGAUCUAUUCUCUCAGACGGUGGUCCCGGAGGAAGCAAAGCUGUACGAAGAGGAAUGAUGAUAAAUGAAAAUAUUUUCGACGCAAUUUUCGGGUCAAUAGAUAACACAGAGGCUUGGAGUGCCUUUUUGAUGUUGUUGCAUCCCAAAUCAAAUGGCCGUUUAGAGUUAAAGAAUAGAAACCCAUUCAGUCAUCCACGCAUGUUUGGAAAUUACUUGACAGACCCCAGAGAUGUGCGAGCAUUUAUAGAUGGUAUUCGGCAUGUGCAAGCUUUGGUGGACACGCCACCCUUCCAGCGCUAUGGAGCUCAGAUACAUCGCGCUAGUUACCCUACGUGUCGCACGUUGAAGUUCGACUCUGACGCGUACUGGGAGUGUGCCGUUCGUACUUUUACAGCCACUUUGCAUCAUCAAAUCGGCACCUGUCGUAUGGGUCCUGUGGGCGACCCACAGGCAGUGGUAGACCCCGAGUUGAGAGUACACGGCGUCGACCGUCUACGCGUCAUCGAUUCAAGUAUUAUACCGCGAACAACAUGUGCCCAUACCAAUGCACCAGCCAUAAUGAUCGGAGAAAAGGGUGCAGAUAUGCUAAAAGCUACGUGGGCUAAUUCACAGUCUGACAAUCUCCAAAGCUAUGACUACGAUGACGGAACGUUCCAAAUCCUAGUAAAAAAAUGAAAAGUAGAAAGUUACAAACCAAAAAGAUAGUAUUAUGUAGAGUUAAGAAUUAAUAAGUAUUAUGUUGGACUUCACUUAUGUUUUGUAUCAAAUAUUGUAAUUAUGUACA